UCAGUCUGAAAUUCCAUCAAAAGGCAAAAUACCGCCAUGAAAAUCUGUAAUUGAAGCUCGAAGAAUCUAGAUUUUGCCAGAAGCUUGUACGAGAAACUGUGGUAAUGAAGGGAUUAAUAGGGAGAUUGAUAACGCGAACGAAUCUCCGCAGCUGUAGAUUGUUAACUAAACCCUAUGUAGAAAAUGGUUCACUUUCCACAUCUCGUCGAUUUCUUUACGCUUUAUCUUCUAAUACGCCGCAUGCGUUCUCUGAUUUCACUACGAUAAAGCCUUCAAAGUUUCCUUCUUCAUGUCCGCCAUUGUGGAGCCAUUUUGGAGGCCAGAAGAGGACCAUGUUUAUCCAAACUCAAUCAACUCCGAAUCCUUUAUCCCUAAUGUUCUAUCCUGGGAAGCCAGUUGUGGAAGCUGGGAGUGCAGACUUUCCAAAUGCUCGGUCUGCCAUGAAUUCACCUCUGGCGAAGGCCCUCUUUGGAAUAGAUGGGAUUACACGUGUAUUUUUUGGAUCAGAUUUUAUUACUGUAACAAAAAGUGAAGAAGCUUCCUGGGAUUUCCUCAAACCUGAAAUAUUUGCAGCAAUUAUGGAUUUCUUUUCUUCUGGUAACCCAGUGUUUCUUGACUCCAGUACUGCAGCCUCCAUGGAUACAGCUAUCCAUGAGGAUGAUUCAGAAAUAGUUGCAAUGAUCAAGGAACUUUUAGAGACUCGUAUUCGCCCAGCUGUACAAGAUGAUGGUGGGGACAUUGUAUACCGAGGAUUUGAUCCAGAUACAGGAGUAGUCAAAUUGAAAAUGCAAGGAGCAUGUAGUGGUUGUCCUAGCUCAUCAGUUACCCUUAAGUCUGGUAUCGAGAAUAUGCUCAUGCAUUAUGUACCCGAGGUUAAAAGUGUGGAACAGGAACUGGAUGAAGACGAACAACCUGCAUUAACCGGGGCAGCACACGAGUAGUAAUACUGUUAUAGCUUCCUUCAGUUAAUUUGCUGACAGAAAGAUCACAAUCAGGGGAGGCAGGUCUUGUUCAUGCUCCUCCAUGUAAACAGCGAGUGAAAUCGAGUGCACUAGUUUCUUGUAUCUAUCAAAUUUAUAUGCUUCGAGAUUCGAGAAUCGUAGUUGGGUAGUUGUUUUGAUGACAUUCAAAUAAAUAGUUUCAGCUAUAUGUUUAGCUGGUUUU